UGGCUGCUUUUACUGAGUGUUUGCUCUGUGCUACAUUUCAUGCUUACUCCUCUUAACUGUCCUAAGGGUGGGGGAAGUGGAAGCUUAGGGAGCGGCAGCAACUUUGCCAUUAUCUGUCUGCUUCUAAGUGGCUCUCAAGUCCGUGCCGCCUGGCUGGCUGGUGAGGAAAGCCUUUGAUAUUUCGAAAAGGACCAUUGUGCAGCUCUCUCCACUCCCUCUGAAGGAAGAUAUAGUCUUCACCUUACUUUGACAGUGUGAGAAGUUCCAGGACCAGGUGGUCAGUUUGCUCUGAGGGCUUCUGUAGCACUGGGUGCAUUUCCUCCUAUAGGAGGGACUGGACAUGAGGAAUGUCUGAUGGGCAGGGCUCUCAGCCCUCACAACCUUUUCUAGGACAGUGGGGCCACCCUCGUCUUUGCAUUUGUAUUUGUUUCAAGGUCCAUGUGGUGCUUGCUUGGGUGGGGUUGAACUAUUUCUUCACACAGCUGGAUGGAUGUAGGGUUGACUUCCUCAGUGAGUUCCACCUGGGGAGGUGGGAGGUUUGUCUUCAGUGGGGGCCACUAUACGGUUGGUCAGAUUCACAGCUGCUUUGAGGUUGAGCCUGAUGGAUGGUGAGGGCCUAAGGGGCAUUGGGCUCAUCCAGGCUGGAGCUAGGUUGCAUGUGAUUCUCAGCGGGGCUGUAAUCCAUCUUUAACACUGGUUGGCUUAUGGGUGACUUUGGAAGAAGGAAUUACUCAUUUUUAUAAUGCUUUCAUAUGUAUCAACUGGAUUUAGGUUUUAUAAAUAACAGGGUUACUUACCAGUAAGGUCAGUAGGUCAGCUCAGGUGCUUGCCUUCCCCAUUUCCUAUGUGAGCAAAUGGAGACUUGUGUAAGAUCAGAAGGUGUUGUCACUAAGAGUAGCUUAGUUAUUCUUAAUCUGCUAUUGCUUCUAUAACUGUGUCAAAACCAGGGUGAGGACAUGGGUCAAGUCAUGUCUUUAGUGACCAAAACUAUGGGGGAGGGGAGGGCUAGCUAGACUUGGCAGACAAAGACAGAGUAGAGCCUUCAUGGUUGGCGUUGGUCUUGUUCCCUUCUGUGUGCCUGGCCCCUGACAGUGUGUGACCAUAUGAGGUUUUCGUAAGUGUUUGCUGAGAAGAUGAGACAAUACCUUUGGUGCUGGGGCUGAUCACACCUACUUGCCCAGCACCUUCCAGGAUUUCCCCUUUCCCCAUGUAACACUGUCCUUUCCUCUCAGGGUCACACCUCUUAUCCUAUGUGUGUGAUUAGCUCUCAACAGCACCCUUGGGAUGUCCAUCCAGUUUUUCUUUUCUACACAAAUGAUGGAGACUGAGAUUGUUCUUCAGGGAUAGUCUUUUGUCUUAGUGGGUUAGGCCUGGAUUUUGAACUUGAUUCUGUACACAUAGACCACUUUUGAUGCAGAAGAGAGGCCUUAGAACCUCUUUAUUUUGCCAACUGGGGAGAGCAGAUUCCAGAGAGGCUUAGGCACUGGCUCUGCUUGGCAGACCUGGAUUUGAACCUGAUUCUUUCCUGCAGUGCUUUCUCUGCCCAGGUAUGGUGGUCUUGUACUGUGAGCAUGGAGUAUGAAGUGACCAGGCUCAUCCUUUGAGAUUUAUGUCUCUGGUUCCCACCAAGAGGAGCUGAGUGGGAGAGAAUUUCUCUUUAGUGUCUGCUUGUCCUAGUGAAACUUUGGGACUGUUUGCUCAAGACUGUUGUAGCUCUCAGAUUUUUCUUGUGAGGGUUUGGUUUACUCCUCUUCCCUUUUCUCCACUCAUCUUUUGAUGUUGAACCACUCCUGGCUACUUGGGUUGCAAUGGGAGGAGGGGAACGGUUGUAACACUUGAGUGGGGUGACUGUUCUCUGUAAGUGUGGAGCCAGCUUCCCAAACCCUUACUGAGGUGGGGCCAGUGCCUGUGGUCCUGUUGCUGGCCUUCUGCAGGCAAUAGCUGUGCCCUGCUGCCUGCUGGAAGGUUGUGGGGAGGCCACCUGGCAUGAAUUUGGUUCUACAUGUGUCCUUUCAGUGGAGGGGAAAAUGAAGAUACCACUGGAUAAUGUGCAUGUUGUGUAUAACCAUUUCUGAGUUUUCUAUUGUCUUUAUGCACCAGGUGGAGUCCCUAAAUUGGCAUGUCCCAUCCAUCAUCUUAUUUAAUCUUCACAGUAGGACAUAUGACUCUGCUCAGAAUUCUGCUUUAGAAAAACAGAAGUCUGGAAAUUCCUCCCAUUGCACGUGAGCAUGAUUGUGACACGGGAUGGGGAGGAUGACGAGGCCUGGCAGAUGCUGCAGCAGUUCUUUGGAAACAGAAUUUCCACUGCACGUGCGGUCUUCACCUCUUGUGGGGUUUUUGUGAGGCUCUGAAUCUGUAGGAUUGGUUAUUACCAUCUUGAUUGGCUUCUGGUUGGUAAUGGCUUUCUUGGGGGAUGUCUUGCAGUUUGUGUGCAUUUUAGGGGACCUGCUUGAGGCCCUUGAAUACCUCAGUCUCUGUUAUCCAUAUUACUUUGCAACACAUUGGAAGGGGUUGUGGUUUCAUCCACCUGUUUUUCCUUUGAGGUUUUCAGAAAAGCUCUGGUUAGUUCUUUUUAUGAUCAUAUUUGUCCUUCUCCCACCAAAUGUUGACUUAAGAGUGGCCUGCUACCUGACCCUUAUUCCUGCUGCUGUUGCUUAGGAAUUUGUUGCUCUACCCAGGAUAUCUUGGAGGGGGGGGUGUAUAGGUAGCCCCAAGAAACUCUGCUCAGUCACUGGUGUCUCUUCUCAGUGAACUCUGAUCUGCCUUGAGCUUUCUUGGGGGCUCUGCCUUGUGCUGGAAAGCCUCCUCUCUGCCUGAUGCCUCCUUCUGCAAGCCACUCUGCAUGUACAGCCAUUGCCAUGUCACAAUCUGGAAGAUCUCUCAGUGCUAAUGCAUUUUGUAUCUGCAUUGUGCUGGCAUGGAACACUCUAAACACUUUAUGAACUUAAUCAUUUUUACAAAAAUCUUGAGAGGCAUGUAUUUUUUUUGGCCCCAUUUUCCAGCUGAAUAGACAAAGGUUUGGCUGGAAUCCAUCAUUAUCUGAGCAAGGAUAGAGGGCUCUGCCUCCCCCAAAAAGCACUGCUUAGACUCAGCCUUAACUUCCAGUCCUGAGGCAAGAGUUUGUUCUUUUUUAAAAAAAACUUUCUCAGCAUUCCACUCUUUAGCUUUCAAGUGUAGUUUUGCUGCCUGGCACCACUGAUGUUUGGGACCUGGUAAUGCUUUGUGAUGGGUUGUUUUGUGUAUUAUAGGGUGUCUAGCAGUAUCCUUUGCCUUUGCCUGCAAGAUGCCAGUAGCACUCCUCCCUGUCCCACCCAGUUACAACAACCAGAAAGCGUCUGCGUGUCAUCAGAUAUCCCCUGGGGGUCAAGAUCUCACUUGAUUGGGAACCACUGAGUUACGAUGAUCAUUUCGAACCCUAUGCUGGGAUGUGUGAUUGUGUGUGCAGGUGUCGAUCCUGCUCCAGUUUCCAACCUUCAAGGGACGAAUGUCAGCCCAAGAGAAAUUGGCCUAACUAGGAGCAGCAAUGACUCAGAAUCCUUUAAGAGUCUUACCACACAGGAUGGAGCAGAAAAACAUCAAAAUGAUACAACCAAUAGCCAAAGAAUUACCAUGGGUGACUUAAAGCCUGGAACCAAUCAUAGUAUUGAAAUAUUUCCACAAGGACCCAAUGGGACUGAAGGGCCAUCCCAAACAGUUACAAGUAGAACAGCACUCAGUCCUGUGUUUGACAUUGAAGCUGUUUUUGUUAGUCCAACCAAUGUGGUCCUGACCUGGAAAAAUGAUCCAGCUGCUUCAGAGUACAUGUGUACUGUAAAGAAUCAGAUGGAAAUGGAUCGGAUGGUUACCGUUAGAGAUCAAAAAGUGUGUAACAUCACAGGCUUAAGUCCAGCCACCUCCUACACAUUCUCCAUAAUUCCAGGAACAGGCAAUGGGACUUGGGGAGAUCCCACGGUCAAAAAUGUUACAACAGAGCCCUAUCCGGUGUCUGAUCUUCGCGUUGCCUUCAUGGGUGUGACACAGGUUGUUCUCAUCUGGAGCAUUGACAAUGGCACUGCGUCCUGCCGGAUGCUUCUUGAAAGCACUGGAGACCAAGAAGGGUUUAUUCAGGCCUUGGCAGUCAAUGUUUCAGAACUAAAGCCAGGGUUUCAAAAAAUUACCUGGCACCCUUCAGGAUUAGAUACCAACAAUACAGAGACAAGCCCAGUGGUGAGCCCUGCAGGCCCUGCAGAUCUAUCCUCUGGCCAGGAGUCUCAAGACACGGAAGUCCUGCUCAUUGGGUUAGAGCCUGACAUACAGUACAGGGCCACUGUUUAUUCUCAAGCAGCAGAUGGCACAGAAGGACAGCCCCAGGCCAUCUUUUUCACAACAAAUUCUGCUCAGGUUUAUGAUAUCAAAGUUGUGAACAUCAACGCCACAUGUAUGACCCUGACCUGGAAAAUCAAGAAUAAUGGGUCAUCCCGUAUCUAUACCUAUGAGGUACAUGUGGCUGGGGGCACCAAUUCCUUCAACCUCACUGUUGAUCAGACUCCUCAUGUCAUCUGUGGACUCCGUUCGAGCACUUUGUAUAACAUCACAGUGCAUCCUUUCCUGGGAGAUACCGAGGGCACACCGGACUUUCUCCAAGUGUACACCCCACCUGGGCCAGUUUCUAACUUUCGAGUGAUGAAUGUCACCCCAAGAGAAAUUAGCCUGUCUUGGAGCAGCAAUGACUCAGAAUCUUUUAGGAUUCUUACCACACAGGAUGGAGCAGGAACACAUCAAAAUUAUACAACUAACAGCCAAGGAAUUACCAUCGGUGAUUUAAAGCCUGGAACCAAUUAUAGUUUUGAAAUAUUUCCACAAGGGCCCAAUGGGACUGAAGGGCCAUCCCAAACAGUUACAAGUAGAACAGACCCCAGUAUGGUGUUUGACAUCCAUGUCGUCAGUGUCAUCACCACUGAAAUGCAUUUGGAGUGGCGGAAUACAGACAACUCUUCUGACUAUAUCUACCAAUUGGUUAUACAGUCUGAGUAUGGCUCCAACAAAAUGAACAGUUCUGAGAAAGCCGUCAUUCUUCAGAAUCUAAUCCCGGGCACUUUAUACAAUGUCACAGUCUUUCCAGAAGUGGACCAGGUCCAGGGGAUCUCUGACUCCAUUGCCCAGUACACACGGCCCAGCAGUGUGUUCAACAUUGAAGUAGAGACCAACACCACAGCAGCAGCCAUUCGCUGGAAGAGCGUGGAUGCUGCUGCUCCCACAUAUUCCUACUGCGUUGUUGUCACACAGGCUGGAAAUGCCAGCAACACAACUCAAGUGAUCACUGUUAUGAAUGUCACUUUUGUGACAGUUACUGGGUUAACAUCUGGCUCGUCUUACAUAGUGGAGAUCUUUGCACAAGUGGGGGCUAAUGUUAAGUCACUGGUACCUGGCUGGCAGUCGUUCUGUACAGCUCCCGCACCAGUGACCUCCUUCCAAUGUGAAGUGGUUCCCAAAGAACCAGCCUUGAUUCUGAAGUGGGCCCGCCCUCCUGGCACCAACACAGGUUUUGAGCUGGGGGUAAGCAGUGGAACCUGGGAUAACAUGACACGCCUGGAAAGCUGUGCCUUGGAGAAUGGCACUGAGUGCAGGACAGAAGUUACUUGUUUGAAUUUUUCUACCUCGUACAACAUCAGCAUUGCUACCUUGUCCUGUGAAAAGAUGGCACCCCCCACUCAAAGCACCUGCACCACCGGCAUCACAGAUCCUCCUCCUCCAGAUGGAUCCCCUAAUAUUACAUCUGUCAGUCAUAAUUCAGCAAAGGUCAAGUUCAGUGGGUUUGAAGCCAGCCACGGACCCAUCAAAGCCUAUGCUGUUAUUCUCACCACUGGAGGAGCUGAUCACCCUUCUGCAGAUGUUUUGAAAUACACGUAUGACGAUUUCAAACAGGGGACCUCAGAUACUUAUGUGACAUACCUCAUAAGAACAGAAGAAAAGGGACGAUCUCGGGGCUUAUCUGAAGUCUUGAAAUAUGAAAUUGAUGUUGGGAAUGAGUCAACCACCCUUGGCUAUUACAACGGGAAGCUGGAACCUCGGGGCUCCUACCGGGCUUGCGUGGCUGGCUUUACCAAUAUUACUUUUAUCUCUCAAAAUGGUGGACUCAUCAAUGGGGCUGAGAGCUAUGUGUCCUUCAGUCGCUAUUCAAAUGCCGUUUUCUUGCCUCAGGAUCCAGGUGUCAUCUGUGGAGCCGUGUUUGGAUGCAUCUUUGGUGCCCUGGUUAUUGUAGCUGUGGGAGGCUUCAUCUUUUGGAGAAAGAAAAGGAAAGAUGCAAAGAACAAUGAAGUGUCCUUUUCUCAAAUUAAACCUAAAAAAUCCAAGUUAAUCAGAGUGGAGAAUUUUGAGGCCUACUUUAAAAAACAGCAAGCUGACUCCAAUUGUGGGUUUGCAGAGGAAUAUGAAGAUCUGAAACUGGUUGGAAUUAGUCUACCUAAAUAUGCAGCUGAACUGGCUGAGAAUAGAGGAAAGAAUCGCUAUAAUAAUGUUCUGCCUUAUGAUAUUUCGAGAGUCAAACUUUCAAUCCAGAUCCACUCAACUGACGACUAUGUUAAUGCCAACUACAUGCCUGGCUACCAUUCCAAGAAAGAUUUUAUUGCCACCCAAGGACCUUUGCCCAAUACUUUGAAAGAUUUUUGGCGGAUGGUUUGGGAGAAAAAUGUAUAUGCCAUUGUUAUGUUGACCAAAUGUGUUGAACAGGGAAGGACCAAAUGUGAGGAGUACUGGCCUUCCAAGCAGGCUCAGGAUUAUGGGGACAUAACUGUGGCAAUGACAUCAGAAGUUGUUCUUCCAGAAUGGACCAUCAGAGAUUUCACUGUGAAAAAUAUCCAGACAAGUGAGAGUCACCCCCUGCGACAGUUCCAUUUCACCUCCUGGCCGGAUCACGGCGUUCCUGACACCACUGACCUGCUCAUCAACUUUCGGUACCUUGUUCGAGACUACAUGAAACAGAGUCCUCCAGAAUCACCAAUUCUGGUGCAUUGCAGUGCUGGAGUUGGAAGGACAGGCACUUUCAUUGCUAUUGAUCGUCUUAUCUAUCAGAUAGAAAAUGAGAACACUGUGGAUGUGUACGGGAUUGUGUAUGACCUUCGAAUGCACAGGCCUCUAAUGGUGCAGACGGAGGACCAGUAUGUUUUCCUCAACCAGUGUGUUUUGGAUAUUAUCAGAUCCCAGAAAGAGUCAAAAGUCGAUCUCAUCUAUCAGAACACAACUGCAAUGACAAUCUAUGAAAACCUUGAGCCAGUGAGCAUGUUUGGAAAGACCAACGGUUACAUCGCUUAGUUCCAAAGGAAAUCCUUUCUGAAGUUAACCAGACCGGCACACCCACAGCGAAGGAAAAUGCCCCGAUGUUGACAUGUUUUCAUAUGUCUCAUAUCUUAGUUCUUUGUUCUGUUCUGUUAGAACUGCUUUGGAGGGCGUGAAGCUGCACGUGUCAAACAUGACAGAUGAGAAGUUGGGGCUGCCAGGUGCUGUGAUGGGUGGUGAGCAGAUCACCUGCAUUCCUGAUUACCAAUGGGAUAAGUUCACUUUUUUUUCCUUGAGAAUUGUGGGAAAACCAGGAAAAGUGAGCUAUGAUUUUUUUUUUUCUUCAAAACAGGUUCUUUUUUUUUUUUAAAGACUAUUUUAUAUGAUUCACAUGCUAAAGCCAGGAUUGUGUUGGGUUGAAUAUAUUUUAAGUAUCAGAGGUCUAUUUUUACCUACUGUAUCUUGGAAUCUAGCCGAUGGAGAAUGCGUAAUUGUGGAUGCGUGAUAAUUGUGUGUGGAGAGGCACAUGGCGCCUCUUCUGCCUGGGUUUUCUAUUUGAACAUGUGCCUUUCUGAAUUAUGCUUCCACAGGCAAAACUCAGUAGAUAUCUCUAUUUUUGUAUUGAAUCUCAUAAUUCGAAUAUAUGGAAUAUUUAAACAGUAGUUUAGCAUCAAAGGUUUGCCUUCUCAGUAACAUUCCUGUUCUCAUUUGACUAGAGGAGGUCUUUCUCUUUGCUCCCCCUUACCCCAUCAUCCCCUCCAUACUUGUGCUCCAUUUUUUUCUUCCUUUUUCCAUCUCAUUUUUCUCCACAGAUUUCUGUUGGCAACAUUUUUUUCCAGCCCAUUGAUUGGGUGAGAAUGGAAACUAAAAUAAUCACCUUGAGAAUUUCUGUGGGUGGAAGUGGGAGAAGCAGAGGAAUCCUACCAAGACAUACAUAAAUCCUUUUCUUGUCCCUGUCUUAUCUUUUUUCUCGUUUCUGUUUUUGGUAAGAAGGAUUAUUUAAAGGUGCAAUAUGUGACUUAGUGAUUCAUGAUGCUCUGUGUUUUUAGUAAUGUUUUACUCAGGUUGGCAUUUUGUGUGUGUCUGUGCAUCUGUGUGUGUUUGUGUGUUUUUAAAAGCGUGGCAAUCUGUGAACAUUUCAGUGUGAACUCGAUGUCAGAUUAAUCCUCUCCCGAAGUCCACUGGCUUUAGUCUCUAUCUGCAGUGACACGUUUCGGUAUCUACUGUAUAUAUAAGUACUAAACUCCUACAACAGUCAUUCCUAUGAAUCGAGGUGUACAAAGUUUGAUUUGUAUCAAAGAUGUAAUUAUUAUUUUUAAAACCUCUUUUCACUAUACUGCUGCUGUAAUUACUUUGAUUUUUUAAAAUAUAGAUUAAUUUUUUUUUGCUUCGGGUGUGUAUUCACUAAGAAUUUCAGAAUUUAUGUGGAUUUAUUUUAUUGGUACAUAAUCUGUAAACUUCUCAAGGCAUUAACAUGAAAGGAUUUGUUUCUUUUAUUUUAUGUUAUGGCUCAGGUUAUAUUUUGAAGUUUUGAAUUUAUUCUCCAAUAGGCAAUGAAGUAUACAAGGUCUUAUGAAGGAAAUACCGAGUCCCUGGAGUCCUGUGGCUUCUUCCACAGUAACACAUCCUGCUGUACACUUAGGGCAAGUGUGUCCUGUUGAAAAUGGGGGUGGGGUUCUUCUCUGAGUGCCCUGGCCACCGCGGGCCUACAAAGCCCAUGCUCCGCUCCUCACUCACUGGCACUUUGAUAACUGACUGGACAUGUUAAUGGGUAUUUUAGGAUUAUAAAGGGUGAACCACAGUGUACUUAAAGCCCUUAUGUGGUUCAGAGGUUUAGUGCUGUCUUUUGUCCCCCCUUUCCCUUUGAGGUACUGAAAGGAUUAAAAGGAGAGAUCAUGAUGGUGUCAUGUUUUGGGGAGAAUUUUAUUUCUCAGAUGGAAAUUGCACUUUUUUUUUUUUUCUGAAUCCUUUGCAUUAUUUAGCUGUAAAAGUUUGUUCAGUAACAGGCCAGGCCUGAUUGGGUCCCUGACUCAACUUCCUUGGGGAACCUGGCUCUGCAGCUCUGCAGGUGUGACUCAGGGAAGCCAUGCUGUCCCUGGGUGUGGAGUGAAGCUGCAUUUGGGCAGAUUGCUCCUGACCUUCACACUGGUCUGCCCCCCAAUACAUACAGACUGUGGAGUGGCCCAUAGCUUCAUUCAGAGGCUAUGUCUGGGUGCAGUUUCUGAGGGCCACACCUGCUCCCUCUCCUCCUCCAGUGUGUCAGAAGCUGUUGUGGUGGGUGCCUAGGUGUCACAUCCCAUGUAGGUCCUGAGCCCUGCUCUGUCUCCACUUCCAUGGAGAAAUCAGAGGAAAGGACUUGCUUCUAAAAAAGGUUUUAAAAAGAUUAGAAUCCUUAAGAGAUUAAAGCAACAUAAUUAUAAACAUGUUGUAUAAAAAUGCAAAACACAGAAACCCUUCUCCCUUCUGCCUGAUAUGGGGUUGGGAAGUAUUAGGGCAACAGCCCCAGCAAGGCACUCUAGGAAGUUAUUCCUAAUCCCAGGAGGAAGGCUUGUAGUGGCGAGGUCUGAAAUUUCAAAUGGGCAGGUUACCUGUAGGUCAUGAUGGUUCCCUGCAUCCUGAAGGGCCUGGGGACCAGGCCAUUGAAGGUGGUAGGGGUAUUUAUAGCACAGUCAUUGUAAAGGGAAGAUUAGUGUGUAUAUAGGAAGGACAUGCAGGCUGGGGUUGGUCAGAGGCCCAGGGAAAGGUGCUCCUGAGUGUGUGCCCUAAGCCCUUCCCAGAUACUGUGAACUAAAAUUCAAAGAGUACAGUAGAAUCCAGGGGAUGGGGAGCUUUCUUCUCAGUAUUUGACGGUUGCAUAUAGCAGAAGCUGCCAGUGUGGGAUUCGCUGUCAGUGAAAGUGCUAAAGAUUGGUGCCAGAUGGUUUGGGGGGAUUUGGGCCAUUGGUAUCUAGUCCCAAGAACAAAGACUUCCUCCAGAGUUGACUCAAGUGAUGAUUGGCACCAGUAGAAAAUGACAUUUGGUGUCUGUCCCUGAUGGUCACAUCAUGACCUCUAGCCAGACUUUGGCAUAAUUGACUCCACUGGAUUUGUGCUUUGUAAAGUCUGAGGCUCU